UAACAUUGACCCACUGCUAUUUCAAAUUGAGAUUGUUGGAAGCAACAACAUGAGGUUGCUGCUCAUUACAGCAGUGUUGCUUAUUUUUCUAACAGGUUGGAGCAUGGCCUUAGCAAAUCCACAAAAGUUCAUGGAUGGAAGAAUUAAUCAGACUGUACAGUUUCCUCUGUGCCACAACAUUAGUAAGCCAGAUCAAGUCUUUAAUUUGGAGUGGCGAUUCAUUCAGGAAGAGAUAUCAAGUUCAAUCCUCACAUUUUCACCCAACUCUCUACACCCAUUCAUCUCAGAGACUUUCAAAAACCGUGUGAAUUUCUCCAGGACCAAUGCAGUAUUACUUCUUAAAGACAUACAAACUACGGAUGAAGGAACUUAUGAACUGGAAGUUACAAAUGCAGCCGGGAAAUCGUCUAAACGCUCAGUUUUUCUAACUGUAAAUGUUGCUGUGUCCACUCCGCAAGUUGAAAUGAUCCCUGAGGCUCCACAGAUUGGUGAAAAUGUGACUUUGCAAUGCUCUGCUCAAAAGGGAAAUCGCAUCCAGUACAGUUGGUACCGAUGUGAUCUGCCUCUGUCAAGUGAAAUGAACUAUCAUCUGACAAAGAACAACAAGUCCCUGACAAUCCAAAAUGUGCAGAAAUCUGAUGUUGGUAUCUACAGGUGCAAAGUGGAAAACCGUAUCAGCUCUAAUCAUGUAGAUUUUGUGAUGCAGCUCUGUCUACCAUUGAGUGAAAACCCAGUCAUCUAUGGGCACCUUGGAUAUGGUGGUUAUCUGGGAUAUAUUGGGUACAUAAUCCUCAUUGUGUUGUGCUGCCAGAGGAAGAUACAAGCAAAGAAGUUGUCAACAGAGAGUGAAACAAUUUAUGAGAACAGCCAUAUAAGCAAACAGAUGGCUCUUUCCAGCAUGCAUGACACCAAGAUUUUGUGCAACAUACCAAAGAGCAAGCAAAGCAUGAGAUAAUGCAACCACAUUUUCUCAGAUCUUGCUGUUAAGGUACUGUUUGGAGAUCUACUACUACUUGGCUUAAUUUGCUGUACAGAGAAGAACAUAUGCCAAUCAUUACUGAAAACUCAAGGUUUGAUUCUUUCAGCUCACAUUCCUUGAUGCAUAAUUCCUGUCAACAUAUGGCUUUACUCCAAUCAAAGGAAUUUUAGAUACUGCUAAUUUGACAGAAAAGCAGAAAGUUCUACAGAACUGUAGACACCAUUGUUCAUGCUAUUGCAAAUAAAAUUCCCUUAAUUAGAAUUUAUUCAACUAAUAAAACUGCAAAAAUAAGUUAGUGACCAACAAGAUUCUAUGAUUGUGCUGUUUGUUAAGGCUUUAAAGACAUCGGAGUGGAAUUCGGUCAUUUGGCCCAAUCUCCUGCCUUCUCCCAGUGACACUUCACAGCUUUACUAAUCAAGAACCCAUAAACCUCCACUUUAAUGACUUGGCCUCACUCUGAUUGACCACACUCUGGCUAAAGAAAUUAGAACAUAGAAAUCUACAGAACAUUACAGGUCCUUCGGCCCACAACGUUGUGACAACUAUGUAACCUACUCUAGAAAUGGCCUAGAAUUUCCCUAGCGCAUAGCCUUCUAUUUUUCUAAGCUCCAUGUACCUAUCUAACAGUCUCUUAAAAGACCCUAUUGGAUUCACCUCUACCAUGCACCCACCACUUUCUGUGUGAAAAACUUACCUCUGACAUCUCCAUUGUACCUACUUCCAAGGAAAGAUGAUGAAGGGUCUUGGCCCGAAACAUUGGCUACUCUUUUCUCACAGAUGCUGCCUGACCUGCUGAGUUCUUCCAGUGUUGUGUACGUAUUCUUUCUUACCAUUAAUAAUAUAUUCCAUCUUCAAAUCUGACCUACCAAAAUGAACCACUUCACACUUGUUUGGGUUGAAUUCCAUCUGCUUCUUCUCAGCCCAGUUCUGCAUCCUAUCAAUGUCCUGUUUUAACUUUGACAACCCUUCAGACUAUCCACAACACCCCAAACUUUUGUGUCAUUAGCGAAUUUACUAACCCACCCCCAUCCUUUUACAUCCUCAUGCAGGUCAUUUAUAGAAAUCACAACAGGAGGUCUCCCGGAACAGAUCCCUGUGGGACACUACUGGUCACAGUCCUCCAUGCAGAAUACAAACCAUUUACAGCCACUCUUUGCCUUCUGUGGGCAAGCCAAUUCUGGAUCCACAAAACAUGGUCUCCUUGGAUCCUAUGCCUCAUUACUUUCUGAACGAGCCUUUCAUGGGGAACCUUAUCAAAUGCCUUACCACUCUAACUUCAUCAAUGUUUUUUGUUACAUCCUCAAAGAAUUCAGACUUGUAAGGCACGACCUGCUCUUGACAAAUCUAUGCUGACUAUCCCUAAUUGGAUAAUGUCUCUCCAAAUGCUCAUAAAUCCUGCCUCUCAGGAUCUUCUCCAACAACUUGCCCACCACUGAAGUAAGACUCACUGGUCUAUAAUUUUCUGGGUUAUCUCUACUCCCUUUCUUGAACAAAGGAACAACAUUUGCAAGCCUCCAACCCUCUGGUAGCUCUCCCAUCCCUAUUUGGCUUACUCAUGGGAUGGAUAUACAUAAGUUAUCAUUAUACGCAAAUGACUUGUUAUUAUAUAUUUCUGAUCCUGAGAAAUCCAUUCCUGCAGUUAUAUCAUUGUUAGCUCAGUUUAGUAAUUUUUCCGGGUAUAAAUUAAAUCUUAAUAAGAGUGAA